AUGUCGCUCUUCGGGUUCUUCGGUUCAGGUGACAAAACCUCCGCCGCCUCUCAAGCCCAGGCACCAGCUCAACCCGCCCAAUCCGAGAAGCCCAAGCCCUGUUGCGUGUGCAAAACCGAAAAGACCGCCCGCGACGACUGCAUGCUCUUUUCCAAGACCGACGACCCCACCCAGGAAUGCAAGCCGAUGAUCGAGCAGUACAAGACCUGCAUGGCUGGGUUUGGAUUUAAGGUCUGA